GUUAAGUUGUAUAUGAAGAAAUGGCCGAAAAUACAUGGAAACAAGCACAGCAUGGAAGUGAGCAAAAGUGAUGAUGAAAAUAUUGACUGGGGCGGCAUUUGAAAUCGUUGGGCGGACGACGCUCAAGGAGAGACGAGGCGUUUUGACCACUCGUUUCUCUUUGACUUUUUAUCCAUCAUGUCGUUUUCUAAGCAACCCAAAACCCCCGCCGAAUUCCAAGAGUUGCUGGCUUCUACUCAGAAGCUUAUUGUCGUUGACUUUUAUGCCGAUUGGUGCGGUCCCUGCCGAGUGAUUGCACCUUUCAUUACCCAAUUGGCUUCAAAAUAUCCUGAUGUCAUGUUUAUCAAGAUCAAUACCGACCAAGCAAGGGAAGUGGCCAGCCAAUGCGGAAUUUCUGCCAUGCCCACCUUCCAGUUUUACUUGCGCGGCAACAAGAUUGACGAAAUGAAGGGAGCUAAUCCUCCCCAGCUGGAGCAACUCGUCAAGAAACACAGUGGAUCAACUGAAUCAUCCUCCAGUGGCAGCGGUAGUGGCAGCAAUACUACUUUUGCUGCUGCUCCUGGACACAGUGACUUGACGGAAUACAUCACCCCCAAUCAAAUGGAUGCCUUGAAUCAGCAAGAAGAGCAUGGCGUCAGAAAUAUCUUUAAAGCGGACGAAUCGUAUUUGGAAAGUGAUGUCGAUGAGCAGCUGAUUAUCAGUAUCCCUUUCAAUCAACCUGUCAAGUUGCACUCGUUGAAGAUCAAGGUGGCGAACAAAAACCAAGCGCCCAAGACGAUCAAAUUGUACGCUAAUCGUCAAAAUCUUGGUUUUGAGGAUACCGAUACAAUCAAAGAGACUCAAACUCUGGAAUUACAACCCAAAGAUUUUGAAGACGAUGCUAUUAUUAACUUGAGAUUCGUCAAAUUCCAAAACAUCACAAACUUGGUGUUAUUCAUUGCUGACAACCAAGAAGAUGAGGAAACCACUCAGAUUCAGCAACUCAUUUUGAUCGGAUCUCCCGUCGAGGCUACCAACAUGAAAGAUUUGAAGAAAGUAGGCGAAGAAUAAACCCAAUAGACACCUUUUCUGUCUUUUGAGUUCGUUAGAGUCGGAAUAUGAAAGAAAGAGCUAAGGCAUGUGACAAUGAUUCAUCCUAUGCGUACACUCAUCCGCAGCCCAAAGGAUGAUUUGUUGAAAAAGAGUAAAUAUUGGUGUGUGUGUGUGUGUGUGUGAGUGAGUGAGUGAUUUAAUAUAUGUAUAAGUAGUAGAGGGGCGAGUUUUACUGUACAAUCACA